GUAAGCUCGAAAAAAAAGAAAGUUCUACGCCAUGCGUUACCUCAGCGGCCUUGUACUUUUGUCCGCCGCCCUGCUGGCUCUCAACGUGAGACAAUCUGAGGCUGCCUGUGGCUAUGAGUCAUGUCCCAAAACAAAGUCCAACAUGAUCAACAUUCAUAUGGUGCCACACUCCCACGACGAUGUUGGUUGGCUCAAGACGGUCGAUCAGUACUACUAUGGCCACAAGAGUAAUAUUCAGCAUGCUGGUGUCCAGUACAUCAUCGACACAGUCAUCUCUGAGCUGAUCAAGAACCCCGAUCGUCGCUUCAUACAGGUGGAGACCUCUUUCUUUGCCAAAUGGUGGCAGGAACAGCCAGAGACUACCAAGCUGGUGGUCAAGAAAUUGGUCAACGAAGGACGCUUUGAGUUUACGGGUGGAGCCUGGAGCAUGAACGAUGAGGCAGCAGUCAACUAUCAGAGUGUGAUCGAUCAGUUUUCCUUGGGUUUGAAGUGGUUGGAUGAGACCUUCGGCGCCUGUGCCCGUCCCCGCAUUGGCUGGCAGAUCGAUCCCUUUGGUCAUUCCCGUGAGCAGGCCUCGAUUUUCGCUCAAAUGGGAUAUGAUGGAGAGUUCUUCGCGCGCAUGGAUCACAGCGAUAAGAAUAAUCGAUUGGAUAACCUGGCAAUGGAAAUGAUUUGGGAUGCCAGCGAGUCGCUGAGCAACGAUGAGAUCUUCACUGGCCUGCUCUACCGUCACUACUCGGCUCCGCCCGGCUACUGCUUUGAUGUGCACUGCGGAGACGAUCCCAUCAUCGACUCCAAGAGCUACGACAACAAUGUCAAAUCGCGAGUGGACGACUUCCUGAGCUAUGUUUCGAAUGUGGCCAAGUACUACCGCUCCAAUCACAUCAUGAUCCCCAUGGGUGAUGAUUUCCAGUACGAAGAUGCCCAGGUUAACUUCAAGAACAUGGACAAGCUGAUCAAGUAUGUCAACGCACGCCAGGCGGACGGCUCCACGUACAAUCUGUUCUACUCAACCCCGGCUUGCUACCUGAACUCCCUGCACGAGGGACUACAGACUUGGCCCAACAAAACCGACGACUUCUUCCCCUAUGCCAGUGACUCCAACAGCUUCUGGACAGGAUACUUCACCUCCCGACCCACCCAGAAACGCUUCGAGCGCGACGGCAAUCACAUGCUGCAGACCGCCAAGCAGCUCAGUGUCUUCGCCGGGCUCUCGAGCGAGCAGCAGAAGGAGGACCUGGACUACCUCCGCCAGAUAAUGGGUGUGAUGCAGCACCACGAUGCCAUCACUGGAACGGAGAAGCAGGCCGUGUCCAACGACUACGAUCGUCUGCUGUACGAUGGCAUUGUCGGAGGAGCCAGCAAUGCCCGGGAUGCCCUGCGAGUCCUGACCAACCUUCCUGAGGGGGAGUUUGAGAGCUGCCUGCAGCUCAACAUCAGUGAGUGCGCCUUCACCAAGGACAGUGCCGACAACGUGGUCGUGACCCUGUUCAACCCAUUGGCCCACACCUCCUCCCAGUAUGUGCGAGUGCCAGUGAAGAAGGAGAGCUACCAGGUGACCGAUGAGAAGGGACGCGUGGUGGCCUCUGAAGUUGUCCCGGUGGCCUGGCAGGUCCUGGCUUUGGAAUACCGCGAGAACAACACUCAGCACGAACUUGUCUUCAAGGCCUCCGUGAACAAGAUCGCCAGCUACUUCAUUCAGAAGGUCGAGACGAGAGAAAACAAGGAAAUUGUCCUGCCUAAGUCUGCUAAAAAGUCUGUGAAGGAAACCGAAAAGAACUUGGAGGUGCCCAAGCGAUUCAAGAAGGUGCAUUCGAUGAAGAAGGUCGAGACCCACGCCGAUGAUGAUUCCGAAACUGUGGUGCAGACAUCCCAGAUCAAGCUGGUGAUUGACAACAAUACAGGUCGCUUGAAGACCGUUGAGAUGAACGGCGUCUCCGAAUCUGUUGACCAGAAUUUCGCCAUUUAUGAAACAUAUGAAUCUGGAGCUUAUGUCUUCCGUCAAAAGGAAGACGUUGACCUGAAAUUCUUGGAAGACAAGGUGGAGUUCACGGUCUACGACGGAUCUUUGGUCAAGGAAGUCCACCAACAGUUCAAUGAAUGGAUCUCCCAGGUCAUUCGCAUCUACGAGGGUGUCAACCGUGUGGAGUUCGAGUGGCUCAUCGGGCCAAUUCCAACUGACGAAGAUACUGCUAGGGAAAUCGUCACCAUCUUCGAUAGUGGAAUCUCCUCGAAUGGCGUCUUCUAUACAGACUCCAAUGGGCGCGAGCUGAUCAAGCGUAUAAAGGACAAGCGUGAGGACUUCAACCCUGAUCUAGGAAGGCAACCUAUUAGUGGAAAUUAUUACCCAGUCGUAUCCCGCAUUGCCCUGCAGGACAGCAACAAGCGCAUUGCACUGCUGAACGAUCGUGCACAGGGAGGAACUAGCAUGAAGGACGGACAGUUGGAGCUCAUGCUCCAUCGUCGUCUUAUUCGUGAUGAUGGAUAUGGAGUGGGAGAGGCCCUGAACGAGCAGAAGUACGACAAACCCCUCAUUGCACGCGGAAAAGUCUACCUGAUCCUCAACUCUGUGGAGGAAUCGACCAAAGUGGAGCGUGUGGCUGAGAAGGAGAUCCUCCUUCCGUUCUCCGUUUUCUUCAGCAAGGCCAGCAGUCAGAGCCAGACCCAGAGCGCUAUCGCCAAGGCGGUGCCCAGCUUCGAUGACUUCCCGCAGUCGGUGCAUCUGCUCACUCUUGAGCCCUUCACCGAUGACGAGAUCCUGCUGCGCGUGGAGAACUUCCUAGACCACACCGAGGGUAAUGUUGUUAGCUUCAACAUUCGUCAUAUCUUUGAGACAUUGGGUGGUGUGGAGAUCCGCGAGACCACCUUGGAUGGCAACCUGCCACUGAGCGAAAUGAGGCGAUUCAAGUUCCACCACGAUGCCUCUGGCCACAGCCCCGCAGAGGUCGAAUACUUCACGACGGCCCACACGCCUCUGGCUGCUGUCGACUCUCAGGAAGCCUCUGACUUCAGUGUCACCCUGCACCCAAUGCAAAUUCGCACUUUCAUCAUCAAGAAGAAGUAAUUCAUAGUUCCCCAUCAUGCAGUAUAAUAAAUAUAUAAUAAAAUAUAUAAAUUCAAUAUUUAAAAACAUA